AUGUUGUUGAUACGGCGCUGCCCGAAAGACCCAAAUCGGAAGCAGCGAGUGCCCUUCUUGGUGUCGAGGCAGCGCUUAGAACGUGCGCUAGAGCGCAUUUGCCGCAGUUUGGAGGAGGGCGGCUCCUUAGCGCUUCAGCCCGGAGCAUUGACGCCCGGUGGGUAUGUCGAGUUGUUGAAGAAAGAGAACUUGGAGCAAUAUUCAGACACUGAGGAAGGUGAGGAACCCCAUGGUUUGCAAGUUGAAGUGGUGGAACAAACGCCGUGGGAGCGAGUGGAGCGCAAGCUGUUCGCUAUGUGGAUGUCUUGUUCCUUGGAGUUGCAGAUGGCCGCGCGAGUGCGCUUGUUGCACGAGCCGCAGGAUGUGCAGGGCCCGGCAGAGCGGAUGGAUGUUUUGUGGCAGAAUCUCCGCGCUGCCAUGGAUGCCAAAGCCCCGGAUGUAGUUGGUGGCCCGGCAGACUUGAUGUUAAAGACGCUUGCCCAAUAUUUGUCCUUGCAGUUCUCCGACAAAAGUGUACUCGAAGUGGAGAACAUUUUACACGACGAACUGACUGCAGUGCAGGAGUUGGCAAGCUGGGAAGAGCCUUUGGUGUCUGAUGGCCUUUCGUCGCCUGAAGAUGUAGCCAGGCAGCAGACGGAAGCGGAGUUGAAAGAUGAGUUGUGGGAAGCAGUCUGCGCGGCGAACGAGAGUGGCAGCAACAAAUCCACCAUCCGCCGCUUCGGAGCGGCUCGUGUGCAAGGAGUGCCAAUUCUGGAUCCUCCAACCGUAGCAUCCAGAAACCAGCUUGUUCGCGAAGACCAGCCGUAUUACAUUGUUGCUGGUUUUGUGAAAUUGUUUCCUCUUGGACACGGAGAUUUCUGGGCACAUCUGCAUCAGCGGCAAGAAGAGAACCAGCAACCUUUGUCUUUCUGGGAAUGGCUAAAGCAUUUGCUUUUGCGCUCUGAUGGCAGGUUUCAAGCCCAUCCCCGGUUUUAUUUCUUUGCGUUGAACACUGCUCUGAGGAGCAAGGCGUUGCGCGCCCAAGGGUACUUCAUGAAGCGGCAGCAAGGAGCCAGCAAAUGUGUAGCGUACACCACUGAAGAACUUUUCAACAUGGGUAAAGCUCAGUUCACCAAGAUCGUCUCCGCUUUCGAACAUUCCAUGGCUGGCUCUGCGCAGGAGAAGUUGAGACAACGCAGUGACUUAGAGGCCAUGGUGGAACAGAUUGAGCAAGAGACCUUGCAAGACCAGGCUCACGCUUUGUUACAGUCUUGGCAGACCGCUGACCUAGCUUGCAAACUGCUUGAGCAGCAAGGGUGCGCUGCUGCCACGGCGGAGCUGCAAGCUGCUUGCCUCGCUGCAAAAGCUGCUGUUGAGAAAGUGUUGUCGCCUGAAACCAUAGAGGCCCAAGCCAAGCCUUCCGUCUCGCGCGUCGAUGUGGACCGCGGGAUGGAUGAAGCAGCUCAAGCCGAUGUCGCGCGCGUCGAUGUGGACCGCGCGGCAGAACCCUUGCAGCAAGAAUUUGAAGUCAGUUUUCCUGAGCAAGAUAGUGCUUUUGUAGGUUCAAGGCCUGGUUCCGGGCGCAAAACCCUUGAAAGUUUGUUGUCUGAAGUGCAACAGCGCAGUUUGUGCGUGCAAAGCGGUGGGGAGAUCCCGUGUCAUUUCAGCACAUUGACCACCGCCAUCUACCGUUGGGACGACCUUGCCCAAUGUUUGGAGCACUAUGAAGCAGCAGUACGAAAGCGGCGGGGCGACAGAGCGGAUCCUUUGGAACCAGCAGAACGGCAGUUAGCGCCGGAACGCCGGCGAGUCCUCCGCUACCCGGGCGUUGUCGCCUGGUUCACGGCUUACAAAAUGGAACUGUUCUACAAACACGUGCUGAGGUACGAGGAUGGGCAAGGUGUGUUCGAGUGGGGCGCAGGCGGAAUCAUGCACUUGCAUUCGAUCAACUUUGGAUCAUGCAUGCCCCGUGUCGAUCCAACCGCAGCAGGGAUGCAGCAGCCAGAUGAAAAGACAGCCGAGAUAUCCGCUCAGUUUGCUGAAAUGCACGAGGAGUGUUUGACCGAUUGGAGCUUUGCAAAAGCCGAAAAGUGGAGUUUCCACGAGAUUGACAAUUGCGUUGCUAGGGCAGCUCGUCCUGGUUCGCCUGCGCAUACGGAUUCAGAGUCGGAUGGAUCGGAGGACAUGGAGGAAAGUGCACUGCUAGAAAAAUGCGUUCUCCGUAACACGGUAGAUGCCGGCUUGCAAGUGGGCCUGUCUGCAGAUGUCUUUGGACAGCAUGCAGUUGCAGAGGAUGUAGAUUUUCAACGUGUCUUCCCAACUGUACUCACGCAAGACGAGCGGCAGCUGCUACAAGACUUGGAUUUGGACUUGCAAGAUACAGCUUGGCACGCUUGCUGCAUCUCAGUGCAGCAAAAAGCUUUGCUAAUGACGAACAACUGCCGGCUGGUCCGGCGUGCGCGCCGCAAAUGGUACGGAAGACUCACAGAGAAGUGCAACAUGCACGAUCGGCACGCUGGCUUAGGUUUUGAGGUGCCGCCUGUGUACAUCGAAGCGACUAAAGAUGCCGAUACGGAAGAACAAGAGCCAGAGGUUCUGACUGCGCAGCUGCAGCAAUGUUCUCUGCGUUGCGGGACCCUGAACAUGCACUUGCUUUCGCCCGGUCCUUGGUUUGAACCUCUUCUUGAGCAGUGUGAUGUUAUGUUCUUGCAGGAAGUUACAACUCAGUGCUUGGAAGACUUUUGCUUGUUAGGGCAACAAAAAGGUUACGGAGUGGUGUCUCCUCUGCUGCGUGGCCAAGCCCCUGCGGAAGGCUUCGAUGUGUGUCUGCUGCUCAAGCGCGACGUCGUGCAGAGUCGCCGAGUCACUAUUUCGCCGUUGCCGUUACCGUCCAGCAGACGGUUUGCGCAAGUGCAUGUUACCCUGCCUGCAAACGGGUGCGUGCUUAUGUUGGCGACGGCUCAUUUCACCGCAGGCUCGAAUGGGGACAAGGAAAGGGAAUGUGAACUGGAAGCUGUUUUGGCGACUUUGGAGGCAUUAAGUCAUGUAGAUUGCUGUGUUUUUGCGGGCGACUUGAACAUGCGUUCAGUCGAAGGGUUGCCGGCAGAUGUGUCCUCAAGGUGGCGAGAUGCGUGGCAGGAAGAUGGCAGUCCGGAAGAUCGAUGCGGCACCUGGCACCCGGAGGCCGCGCCUGCGCAGGACGCACGAGUCCGCACAUGGCGCUUUGAUCGGAUUCUGACCUUAUGCCAGUUUGGUAGCAUGGAUAAGCCGAGUCCUACGCCGUUGCGGGCUGGGACAGAGGCUGCUGAACGGGUUUCUUUCGCCACUGUAGAGCUGCAGCGUGGAUCUUUUGAUGUUCAAUUUCAAGCAGCUGACUUGGAUCACGCGUUUGUUUCUGCAACUUUCAAUGUCAUGCCUUUGGCUGCUGGGGCGCGCGAGGUGUCGAGCGAGUGUUUGAAAGUGUUGCGACCUGGCCUGGGUCCCAAAAAAGCGCGCAGACCUUUGGAGCGCGAGAGUUGCGCACAGAGACAGCACGCCCAAAGUUUUUGCGGCAAGGACUACGAGAAGCCUCGCGUGUUGCCCGGCAUGGGCGCCAUACUUGAAGAUUCCCGCCGCAAGUCUCUGUUCCGUUUGUACACCCAUUGGAAUUGCCACCAUCUGAACACACACGACCCCUUGAAGGCCAUGGGCUUGGUGGCAAACGUGGAUGAUCAAGUUGUGUUGACGGCGCAAGCCGCCGUCAACUACUUGACCAAGUACUUGGGGGAAAUCGGCGGGGGACACAGCGCACAUAGCCGAAUUAGUGGUUUGAUCGAUGACAUUGUGUGUCGCAUGGGAGAUCGCGAGACAAUGACCGUUGCAUCUCUUUUGUCGAAGUAUGUGACCUCGUUGAACGUCAAGGAGGAUUCGAAUGCUUUGAAAGAUUUGGCCAGCGUGGAACUGGCAAGGGUAGAUGAGAAUGUUGUGAAAAAGAGCAAGGUGGCCCUCUACUUGGAUAGGUACGCUAAGCACAACCGGGUGAAGGCGCUGAGGCGCGCCGAUGCAGCUGCGGACAACAGUGAGAGUCACGGUGCAGAGGUGUGUCCCGCCGUGCCUGCCGCCAGCGCAGCGUCGGUCCCUGCCGUAGCCGCCGCUACGAUGCCUGCUUCGCCAGCAAUCGAAAACCAAGAUGGGGUGCGCGGUGCGGAGGUGCGUCCCGCCGUGCCAGCGCUUGUCUCCAGUCAAGCAAAAGCAGCUACCCGCGCAGUCCACGUGAUCAACUUGAGCGCCGGGCACAACCCGGAAGAGUCUGGAGCGGAGGAUACUGCCGAGGGCAAUCCGGAUCCAAAUGAGAAGUUUUUAGCAGACACACUGUCCAACCGACAGAUGAUUGCCAAUCGUCAUGGGUUGUUGUGGAUUAGUAGGCCUGGGGAUCACCGUCACAGCAUCGUGGAUGCCGUUCGCUUGCAGCGACCGCCUUUGAAGAUGGUGUGUGUCAAAGGGUAUCUGGAAGCACUGACGGAGACAAAGCCAAAAGGUUCUAAGAAGGUGCAGUUUUUUGUGGAGCGUUUUGUUUUCUUGAUGUUGUACAUUGACUUGCAACCCUACGAAAAAAAAGGGUUCCGCCGUCACUGGCAAACAGAAAAAAAUGUGGUGCUCAAACCUUACGCCGAACUUUGGGAAUACAUCAAAGCGGAAACCUUGAAACAGUGUGGUUUGGCAGUUUCCUCUUCGCCAGCGCAUCGUGUGGGUUUCGAUGGACCGGUGAGCAUCCCGCACGCCGAGCUCAAGACGGGCGCAUGGCGACAGAGUGUGUUUUGCUUGGAGCCCCAUUCUUUGGAGCAUGAAGAAUGGGAAGAUGCUGCCGACCGGGAAGCAAAGAGGUUGCGGUAUGCGCAAGCUGCAAUGCAUGAACAGAGCAUGGGUCGGCCGGGGACGAGAUUACACGAGGUGUCGUUACCAGUCGACGCAGAUGCUUUGAUGUGCGCCGACUUCGAUACUCGGGCCGAGUGGGACGCUUUGAACCCUUACUUGGACAACGUCCGUGCCCAGUGGCUGUGUCCAGAACUCGCCGUGAAAAUUUGCCCUGAGACCAAGGGAUAUGUCUUGAAGCCGACGCAGGGGGGUCUUGCGCACACCGAAGCAGAGCAGAUUACUGUUCACCAGGACAGAUCCUCGUCAAGCUAUACAGGCCCUGCGUCGGAUCGGACUCAAAAUUCGUUCGCGCAGCACAUGCGUGCUUGGAUGCUCGCGUACACAGCGGCACAUGGGGUGUGUGAAGCCAACUUGCCCCUUCCCCAGAACCUGCAAGGGCCCCUGCUUUUGAAUGAACCAGUACUCUUGCUAGGAACGGCAGGCACGGGCAAAACCACAACUUUGCAAGCUGCAAACCAGCUACUUGAAGCUCACGGCUUGAAAGCGCGUAUUGUUCGUUGCGCCUACACUGGUGUCGCUGCGAGCAACAUGGGCAGCGGAGGUCGAACGCUUGUGUCGUUGUUUCGCUUGAACAAGCGUAAAUUUGGAGGAGGUUUGGAACCGUUGUCGUUUGAAGAUCUUCGCGCCAUGGACGAGGAACUGAGAGGCAUGUGCCUGCUUGAAAUCGAUGAAUUGUCCAUGACCGAAAAACUGAUUCUUACGUGCAUCAGCGCUUGCAGCAGUGGAGAAUGGAGCUGUAUCAUGAUCGGCAGUGUCGCAGUCGCGCGGAGGUGUGUCCCGUGCAUGGGCCAGUCACUUUACAAGGAAUCCCUGUUGCGAUUGCGGGACGCAGCGCACACGAAAGAAGAUGUUCAGCUUUGGAAGUCGCACGAUUUGACUGAUGUGGCAGCUUGCACUUUGACCGUGGAGGAACGGAAGUUUUUCGAGGGCAAAUGCGAAGACGUCGCAGGCAAAGAAAACUCUACCAUUCUUCGUGUUUGGUCCAAUGACAGUACUCCUGGAGUGGAGCGUUACCCCAGUGAAAAUUAUGGAGGUUUGAAGCGGGUGCUGCAUUUGGCGGAAGGGGCUCCGGUUAUGUUGACCACGAACUUGCGGACUGUGUGGAACUUGGUGAAUGGUGCCCGUGGUCACGUCGUGUCCGUUGCGCCGGCGGAGCAGCACCCCGCCGUGAGCGGUGAUCGGGUCGAACCGGGGGCGUCCGCGGCUGAAGUUGGCGGCGUGUCUGCAACUGCCGCAGAAUACGUCAUCGUCGAUUUCCCAGAUUACGUCGGUCCGCUCAUGGUGGCAGGACACCCGACGUGGGUGUGCAUCCCAAAGCAAACCAACAGACGCGAAAAGUUUCGUGGCCUGGCUCGCACACAGUUUCCUCUCGUUUUGCGCUAUGGCAUGACGGUUCACAAAAGCCAAGGUUUGGCCCUGUCCUCAGGCUGUGUUUUCAACAUGGAACACGAACCGACUUGGUCGCCUUUCAAGCAGAUGUUACACGGACAAGCCUGUUCGCCGCAUGGCCGCAUGGCUAGCAAAGCAGGUGGUGGCCGGACCAAGCGUAAGACCAUGCGCGGUGCCACCGCGAAGACGUCCAGCUUGCCGGAUGUGGGAGAUGGGACCAGGGAGCCGCAGUGUGAUGCAGGCGGUUUGUCGGCUGACGAAGAUGCGUAUUAUGCCGAGCUGCACGAAGAAGAGGAGUUGGAAAAGGCAGGUUUUGAGGCAUACUUGGAAGACAAGGCUUUGGAGGACGCGCGUCGCAGAGCGCAAGAAAUCGCCGCUGAUUUCUACGACGACGAAGGCUACUUCGAUGAUUAUUAG